AUGUCGCCUGCCUCAGCGCGAUCCGAUUCAAUCGAGUCCGCUCCCCCAGAGCUAGACGACGCUAGCGCAUCGCGCCUUUUCCACAUCUACAAGCCGGCCUUCCGCCGACACUACGAGAUCAAAUCAGCAGAUCACCAGCCUCUCUACUAUGCAGACAUUUCCGCAUUCACCCACGGCAAGCCGGACCUCACUCUCCACGCUGGCACAAACAACCAAGCGCCCAAGGUGGCGGCCUCUAAAUUUCUCAAGCUGUCCGGCGACAGCAAACUGGCCCUCGGGGAUCCCGACGACAUGGCCAACACGCAAUGGGAGGACAUGACAAAAGAGUCGGCCAUCCACUCGAAAUACCGGCUCGAGAUGACUAUCCCAAGCACGCAGGGCGCGGGCUAUGGCGAGAGACGUGCCUUUCUCUGGAAGCGCACGCAUAGCGUCAAAGUAGACGAUACGAAGUCGCUGUCGCUAAGUAUGCGUUGUUUUAAAAUGAUCGAUGAGCGCACUGAGCAGGUGGUGGCUGUUUUCACACGCGAGAGGUCCUUCACCAAGUGCGGCACACUCCAGAUUCGGGUGGAGUUUGGGGAGGAGUUUGAAAAAAUGGCCUUGAUUUCGGGCUUGAGUCUGUAUGAAAGAUCGAGACGGCGCAAUCAUGCAGCCGCCGGGGGUGGUGGCGGUGGAGGUUGA